AUGAAAUCACUGACUCUGAUCUUGGGCCUUUGGGCUCUUGCAGCGUGUUUCACACCUGGUAAGAGUCAAAGAGGCCUCGGGGGACCAUAUCCACCUGGACCACUGUCUCCUCCUCCUCCUCCAUCACCUUUUCCUUUUGGACCAGGAUUUGUUCCACCACCCCGUCCUCCACCCUGUGGUCCAUGGAGAAUUCCACCACCCCCUCCUCUACUCUAUGGUCCAGGGAGAAUUCCACCACCUCCUUCUCUACCCUAUGGUCCAGGGAGAAUUCCACCAUCUCCUCCUCUACCCUAUGGUCCAGGGAGAUUUCCACCACACCUUUCUCCACCCUAUGGUCCAGGGAGAAUUCAACCACUCUCUCUUCCUUACCCUUAUGGCCCAGGUUAUCCACAGCCACCUUCCCAACCAAGACCCUAUCCACCUGGACCUCCAUUUUUCCCUGUAAUUCCUCCAACUGAUCCUGCCCUCCCUACUCCUGCACCCUUAAUACAGACAACUGCAACAGGUGCCACCACCACUGCAAAAGACACCACUACCCUCAUAACCACUGCUUCUACUAUCCAAAAAUAA